AUUUAUUCAGGAACAUUAUUUGUUACAGGAAAUAUUAUAGCACAACAAUUUGUUAAACCAAGAGGGUUAAAAUCUCAUAAUUUUUAUAGAAUUUUAAGACUUGGAGGAUUUGGUUUAUGUAUAGGCAGUAUAGCUUAUUCAAUUAUAAGUAUCAGUUUAAUUAUUAUAACCUUAGAAAAUUGCUUUAUUAGACUAUUAACGCGUGUCACUUUAGAUCAGGCUAUAUUCGCACCAUGUUUUAUUACAACAUUUUUCGUAGGUCAGGCAUUAUUAGAAGAUAUUGUUUUACUUAAUAUUAAUAUUUUUUUUCCUUCUCAAUAUACACAGGCUUUUGUACCUACUUUAAUUAAUAAUUAUAAAUUGUGGUCGGUGGUACAAUUGCUCAAUUUUCAUUUUAUUCCAUUGAAUUAUAGGAUUUUAGUUGGAAUACUUAUUUAUCUGUUAUCAAUAAGAAAAGUUCCGACAAAGUGAGUGUUA